AUGCGUGAAAUUGUUCAUCUGCAAGCUGGCCAGUGCGGAAAUCAAAUCGGCGCUAAAUUUUGGGAAGUAAUUUCGGACGAGCAUUCCAUUGAUGCUACCGGCACAUAUUAUGGCGAUUCUGACUUGCAAUUGGAACGCAUUAAUGUGUAUUACAACGAAGCGACUGGAGGAAAAUACGUGCCCAGAGCGGUUCUGAUCGAUCUGGAACCAGGUACAAUGGACUCAGUGCGGAGCGGACCAUUCGGUCAAAUUUUCCGGCCCGAUAAUUUCGUGUUCGGCCAAUCAGGUGCUGGAAACAAUUGGGCGAAAGGCCAUUACACAGAAGGUGCUGAAUUGGUCGAUUCAGUGCUUGACGUUGUGCGCAAAGAGGCUGAAGGCUGCGAUUGCUUGCAGGGCUUCCAAUUCACACAUUCGAUUGGCGGCGGCACCGGAUCUGGCAUGGGAACAUUGCUGAUCUCAAAGAUUCGUGAAGAAUAUCCCGACAGAAUCAUGAUGACAUUCUCAAUUGUACCAUCACCGAAGGUCUCAGACACAGUUGUUGAACCAUACAAUGCCACAUUGAGCGUCCACCAGCUCGUUGAAAACACCGAUGAAUGUUUCUGCAUCGAUAACGAAGCGCUGUAUGAUAUUUGCUACCGAACAUUGAAACUGACCACACCAACCUACGGAGACUUGAAUCAUCUUGUAUCAGCUACGAUGUCGGGAGUCACCACUUGUCUGCGUUUCCCCGGCCAACUGAAUGCUGACCUCCGAAAAUUGGCAGUCAACAUGGUUCCAUUCCCUCGUUUGCAUUUCUUCAUCACCGGCUUUGCUCCACUAACAUCCCGCGGCUCGCAACAAUAUCGUGCACUCUCCGUUCCAGAAUUGGCGCAGCAAAUGUUCGAUUCGAAGAACAUGAUGGCUGCAUGUGAUCCGAGACACGGAAAAUACUUGACAGUUGCAGCUGUUUUCCGUGGCCGUAUGUCAAUGAAAGAAGUGGACGAACAGAUGCUGAACAUCCAAAACAAGAAUAGCAGCUAUUUUGUUGAAUGGAUCCCGAAUAAUUGCAAAACGGCCGUUUGCGACAUUCCACCGCGUGGCUUGAAAAUGUCCGGCACUUUCAUUGGAAACUCGACGAGCAUUCAAGAGCUCUUCCGUCGCGUGUCCGAACAAUUUACAGCAAUGUUCCGCCGAAAAGCAUUUUUGCAUUGGUAUUUGGGUGAGGGUAUGGACGAAGCGGAAUUUGCCGAAGCCGAGAAUAACAUGAAUGACUUGAUUUCGGAAUACCAACAGUAUCAAGAAGCAGCGGCUGAUAUCGAUGACGAUGAAGCUGAUGAUGACAACGACGGAUAUUAGCACUUGGACGAUGUAAAGAAUGAAACAAAACAAUCUAACAGCACACGACUAUUGUGACUACUUAAUUUCAUAUUUUAACUCUCAAUAAAAAAAAAACUCCGCAAAUUAUUUUGCUUAUCAAA